ACAUAGGCUCAUUGACGAUCAUUGCUCGAACUCCGCCCCCAGUCAUUAGUCUCUCCACCACUGGAAUAAAAACCAAAGAAUGAAUCGGAUACUCGUUGGUUCUGUGCCAAUGAUCGCACAAAGGGUUCAGUGAUCACAAGAUUGUCGGAGCUAAAGGUCGGCAGAAACACCAAUAAGGUUCGCCCUACCUUAGGGCACUUGGAUAAGGUAAAAUUCGAAUCCGGUAAGAGGUUGUAUUGACGAUUGAAGGAUGUGGCAGAGAGACAUUGGAUGGCUAAAGUUUGUCACUGGAUUUUGCUCUGAAUCAUUGCUUGUUGUCAUUCUUUAGUUGCUGAGAAUGACAUAGGCACAAAUGUCGAUAGGAGAUCAGACUUGAACAGCUGCCCAUCUGAUUCACAAAAUGUUGAAGUAAAAGAUUCUGCCUCAAAAAUUAUGUCGACUAGUGGGAAACCAAUUUCAGAUUUGACAGUUUUUAAGUAUUGCCUUGGAGGAUUGAAUGAGAGGGCCCUGCUGCUGAGAGAGAUGGCCACCUCUGCUUCUGAUAGAGAACUUCUAGAAUUUGCGCAUCAGGUUGCCCUUUACUCAGGGUGUUCCCACCACAGGCAUCAAAUAAGAAUGGCUAGGAAUUUGAUCGCUGAAGGAACAAAAGUUUGGAGUUCAAUUGCACGAAACAAUCACCUUGUUCAUUGGGAAAGUGUGAUGUAUGAGAUUGAAGAGCCAUUCAUCAACAUUGCUCGCAGCAGUACUAGAUCUCUGAACAAACAGUUAUUGAUUCAGGACUUUGAGCUAUUAAGAAGACUUGCUGGAUGCCAAGAGUAUAUGGCCCAAGAAAAUUUUGAGAAGAUGUGGUGUUGGUUGUACCCUGUUGCUUUGACACUUUCAAAGGACUCGAUAAAUGCUUUGUGGAAUUCUGGGUCACCUAAGUGGAUAGAAGGAUUUAUUACUAAGGAAGAAGCAGAGUUUUCACUUCAAGGUCCUAGUGGCCUGCAAGAACCAGGGACAUUUGUGUUACGGUUUCCUACUUCAAGGAGCUGGCCCCAUCCUGAUUCUGGCACUUUAAUUGUGACUUACGUUGGUAGUGAUUGCAUUAUUCACCACAGACUGCUCACACUUGAUUCUUUAUACAGUUCCGGUGAAGAAGAGAUGAAUGCAAAAUCCCUGCAAGACAUGCUAUUGGCAGAGCCCGAGCUUUCUCGUUUGGCAAGGAUCAUCAGAAGUCACUGAUCUUGCCUGAGAGAACACAUUUGUAUUACAUCUGCUUUUGAAUUACAGUGGGUUUACAAUUAUGAGUUUGUGUAAUAUAGACAGAUUCCUCCUCUACUUUCUUACUGUUUCCAAUUUAAAGGUUUUAGGGGUUAGGAUAGUUGUUAUCUGUUCUUCUUGUUUAGGACUAGCUUUUAUAAUGUGUAUAUGAAAGGCAGGAUUUUUUUUUCUCCAUCCACUAUAUUUUCUUU